AUGGCUGCUUCAGAGAAAGAUAGCAGACCAUUCCGUGCGAUCAUCGUUGGCGGGGGUAUCGCAGGCCUGUUCAUGGCGCACGCGUUGGAAGCCGCUGGUAUUGACUAUGUCCUGCUUGAAAGGGCGCUGGAGCCAGUUGAGGAACGAGGAGCGGGUUUCGGGCUCUGGCCACAGAACUUUCGCGUCGUGGACCAACUUGGGAUGCUCGAAGACAUCGAGAAGCUCGGGUCUGAGUUCAAAUGGACUUACAAUUUCAAUCCCGAUGGCUCUCCCGUGGCUAAUGCAUCGAAUAAUUUUGAGAAAUUGACUCAGCGAGCUGGGUACGGGUUCACGAUAUUUAGGCGAUCGGAAUUCUUGCGGGGUGUCUAUGACAAGCUCCCAAAUAAAUCGAAGUUUGUGACAGGAAUGGCACUUGAACGGAUAGAACAAGACGACAAGGGUGUGAAGGUAUUUCUUAAGGAUGGAAGUAUGGAAGCAGGAGAUAUCGUUAUUGGGACCGAUGGAGUCCAUAGCCAGGUGAGGGAAUUUAUGUGGAAGCAUGCCAACGGGGUACGGCCUGGGGCGAUUCCAGCCCAAGAGAAGAUGUCGUUCACGAGCGAAUAUCGAUGUCUGUAUGGCGUCAGCAAAAUGGUUCCCGGCCUCCAAAAAUCAUCGCUAAUCGACUGCAACGACAAGCAUUGCAACUGGUUAUUGUUCUCUUGCGAAGACCGUAUCUUCUGGUUGUUCUUCGAAAAGCUGGGGAAGUCUUUCAACUGUCAGAAUUGCCAUCGAUACAGCGAGUCCGACGCAGUGGCCGUCGGAGAGAAGUACCUGAGUCAUCCCAUCAAUGGCACCGUUAUGUGGAGGGAUAUCUGGGAGAAUCGCAUCCAGUACCAUCUUGGCCCGAUAGAAGAGGGGGUUCUCAAUCAGUGGCACUUCGGUCGUAUUGUUCUUGCAGGGGAUUCAGCACACAAAAUGACACCCAACCUAGGGUACGGUGGGAACCAGGGAAUCGAAUCGGUCGUCGUCUUGGCUAACGGACUGAAUCGGUUGAUCAAACGAUGCGAAACGGUCGGCAGAAGACCGAGCACGGAAGAACUUUCAGCGGUGUUUGACGAAUACAAGGAAAUCCGCUACCCUCGAGCCAAAAAACACCACGACCUCACCGGAUAUAUCACCCGAUUCGACGCAUAUGACGGCUUCAUGUACCCGACUUUGCAGUGGUUGAUGCCGAGGAUUACCGGAAAAGAGUACAUGAUCAAUUUAUUUGUCGAACUGGUUCGCCCGGGGAGGAAGCUGGACUUUUUGGAUGAACGCGUCCGCAGAAGGGGAACGAUGAAGUGGGAAGAUGAACUGACAAUGGACGAGAAGAAACAGUUGCAGGGCAGGACGAUGUCGAAGAGUGUUCUUUUUGGAAUUGCGGGAGCGGCUGGGACCGUGGUGAUGGCGUCGUGUCUCUAUCACGGCAUCAGCCCUUUACCCGGAUUCCACGUGUGA